GUGCUGGUGGCCCUCGGCAGUUCAUUCACCAAGCUUUUCCAAUUGCAAAUUCGCGUCCCACUCAACUUGGUGAUCUACUUCGGAAAAUGGAUUGUCCUCCCAGGGCCCAUUGGAACCAAGGAAUGCAAUUUGCGCUCGCAGCGACAAACUUGUUGGGGCAAAGGCUAUGAGUGCUGCCCAUUCAGUGACGAGUCUUUGCAGAGCAAGAAGCUGUUGCCGAACUUCAACCACAAGAGCGCCCGUUCCUCCAAGGCGAGUCAGUGGCAGUUCGUGGAUCGACUGCGGAAGGGUGACGCAGUUCUUGAAAUGGGUCUCCUUGGGGCAGCAGAAGCAAAGGCAGAUGAUUGGGUUCCACGUGAGAAUGCAUGUAUCAUGAGCAUCCUCAAUGAGAUGGCCCCUGACAAAAAGGACCGUGGCAGUGUGACUGAUGGUGACCUUGAUGGGGCCAAACAGUCUUUGGAUAAAUCAGCCCUGAUGCUCUUGCUGCAAGAGCUGGAAUAUGAUGAGAAAUGCAUGACUGCCUACGUGUCCAAAACCGAUUCCUACCAGAUCCGGCUCUCCCACCAAAAAAAUGAGUGGAUUCAGAAACGAAUGGAGCGUGCCAAAACAUCGGUUUACAAAUGGUUUGAUGCGAAGGUCACUUCCCAUUGCUGGCCAGAAAAAAUUGAUGGUGCUACAGCUAUCAAUGUCAUGCAGCAGGUUGAGGAAUCGGCCAAGAUAUGGAUGCAAUCGCUCCAACUCCGUACCCCUGCUUAUCUCUUCAUGGCGAACUUCACAUCUCCCUCCUUGCUCAAGUCAGAGGUUACCCCAUGUGUGCUCCAUUUGAUGGGGCAUAUGAUGGCUGCCUCUGCUGAGACCAGUGCUGGGGUCUUUCUGUCGCCCUGCUUCGUAUGGAAAGGCAAUUUGUUCACUGAGGAGUAUGGUUUGCUGCGCACAUUGUCGAACACUGGGUGUGCAGUUGACACCGGCUUUCAGCUCCUCUUUGACAUCAAGUCAAAAGAUGCCAGGGACCAACGGCCCCUUGCAUAUUCGGGACGGUUCCUUGGGCCACUGGAUUCCUCUUUGGCUGAUGGGGUGAAAUGGCUAUGGAAGGAUUCAUCCUUGAACAAGAAUCGGAGAACCUUAGGAGAAGCCCGCCAAGUCCCCUCGAAAAGCAUGAUCCACAUGGAAGAUCUUUCGCCCACUGCAUUGCCAUCCUCACUCACCAACGUUCACGGGGCGCAGAAGUACUCCCAGAUUGGGGGUGAUGCAGCUGAGCAGCUCUUGAUGUCCAGCAUUGAUGGAGUUGCCUUUACUUCCUCCAUGGGAUUGGUGGUGGUGGACUGCUGCCCCAAUGUGGGCAAUUUCCUGGAGGGGUUUCAGCGCAUGACAGAGAAGAUCAACACACCGGCCCUGUAUGUGCCCAUUUACAAUGACAUAAACCACAAGGAUUGGAGCGACAUGUUCUGGACAGGGGAAUUGGUUUCCUUGUUCCAGCGUGGUGAGCUGAAGGUGGAUGGCCACAUUGUGACCCUGGAAAUCCCUGAUGCCAUUGUGAAGAAGUAUGGGUCAAUGGAUGACUUCAAGAUCUACUAUGAUGCAUUCCUUUUGCGGCACCCUCCGACCAAGACCUUCAAAUCGAAACCAAAACGGAAUGAGAAGGAUGUCUCUGGCCCUAUCACCACCCCCUUGCCAAAGAAGCGUCCUUUGGAAGUUGAUCUCAGUGACCGCUUGGUCGAUGCCAGCAGUGUGGUGCCUGAGGGGGAUCAAUGUCUGGUGGAGGUGCCAGUGGUCAAUGCCCGGGCUUCGCAGAAGUUGGCCACCAUGCCCAUUUUUCGGGUCACUGAGAAAGUUGGACCCUACAUCUUGAAUGAGACUGGCCAAGAUGUUACCAUGCAGCGUGGUUCAGUUCUUUGUGGCUUUGGCAAAACGAAGUUUCGGGAAGCUCCCAAAGAUGCAUCUCUGAUCGGUGACUCUGACAUCACUUUUGAAGUUGAUGCAGAGAGUUUUGCACUUGUUGAUGGCAAAUUUGGUACCAUAGCAGAGCACCUUGAUGCAAACAUCCAAUCUGGCAAACCGACUGCUGGCAAGAUCGCGUACCACAAAACGAGCAAAGACCCUGAUGGAAAGUGGAUUUUGAAGCAGGAUUGCCCAUUUCAUGGUUGUUCAAAAAGCACACCAUGUUCAUACAUAAUAGUUUUGGGAUGUAGUUGUGAAGUCUCAACAUCACUUGAAGGAUCCAAAACUGAUUGGCUGCAACCAUCCAAAACCUGCCCCCCCCAAAGGAGCACUGUGUCCUGUGCACCAUGGUCAAGGAGGAGGAUGCUGCUAAGCUGA